AUGCUGGUCAAAUGGAGCACCUUCGCAUCCUGCCCCCUCGAUGCUUUUCGCCCGUUCAUCAUAGUGCUGUUGGCGGCUGCGUACAUCCAUGUGCCAGCCACUGCUAUUGUUGCUGUUCCAAGUUCUCAUUGUUAUACCUUCGACAGUGAUAGCCACCUUGUUGACUUCACACACCUGUCCGGGAAGAAUUUUGAAUACAACGAGGAGGGCUCAGUAACUUCUGACUUGGUUGUCCAGUUAUGCAAAGAUGUUCAGAGAAGGUCUCAGGCGGGUGGUUUCAUUGAUUUUGGCCGCUUUACCAAUCAUCGCUCUUUUGAGACUGGUUCAAAGCCGGUUGACUACAUCCAGAGAUUUUACAAUGGUGAUUUAGCGAAAUGUGAAACUACGUUUGAAGAGAUGGGCCGUACUGCACAGGUCAACAUUAUGUGUGGACGAUGCUCAAAUAAAGUAUGCAAAGAUGAACAUGGAUGCAUUUGCAGCGUAUCCUAUGAUGAAAGGAUGUGCAGGACGGUUGUUGAGCUAGCCAUUCCUUGUCCUAAAAGAGGCCCAAGAGUUUUUAAGGGUUUCACUGUGGGCUUCCACCCCAGGUCAUCCGAAGUGGUUUACAAUGGAUUGACUCAACUGGGAUUCGAACAACUUCAUCAUGGGUUUAGCUUUCCAAGUGAGCAGAUUCACGUGUCUUUAUAUCUUAGCGCCAUGUCUUCUCUCGCAGACCUAGUUGGAAAACCUACCUUCAGGGUUAAUCCGAUGAAAGGGCUUGAUGUUAUGCUUACAGGAUCAGGGGCCAAUGGUGCCGUGCCUACUGCCCUGUCUCCAACAGUUCUGAAUGUGAAUUGGAUAUGUGAAAUCAUUCGAAGCAAUCCAUAUGUGGUGAAUGUUUCAAUCCCAGUGGCGGGCUACGAUCCAAUCGAAUUCACGCUUACCAAAGAAUGUGGUUACACACAAGAAAAAGAGAGUGAUUCUAUGAGAGGGUGGGCAACAUUUGGAAUCAUCUCUUGCAUAUUCAUUGUCUUUUCGAGCCUACUUUGUUGUGGGGGGUUCAUCUACAGAAGUCGUGUAGAGCAUCAGGAUGGUUUACAUGCACUGCCUGGGAUGACUACCGUGUCUGCCUUUCUGGAUGCUGUUGGAAGACCAAGAGGCUACCUGAGAGCAGGUGAUCCUAGUGGAAAUCAUUCAAGCCAAGUAUCAUGGGAGAACACUUCUGUUACCACACCAGCAGCACAGAGGACAAAUGAUGGAAGAUAUGGGACAAUAUGA